AUGCUAACUGAAAUACCUGUUGGGAUCGACGAGCGCCUCAAGAAGCUCCGAUCCGACAAGUUCAAGGGUGCAAUGGUUCUCGGCAACACCCACAAUCCAAACAUUGGCAUGUCAUUGACUCCAUCAGAGUCAGAGAAAGAGAUCACCGAGAUGUCCUCAUCACCGGAGUCAUGCCUGGCUCAGACCACUCAGGUGUGUUCUCCUCCACAGAGUGUGUUGCGGGAGCUGUCUAGUCAAUUGUGGUCGGCAACUGAGGGCCGUGCGUCGCUGAGAGAGGUGACGGUGGCUCUCCCUCGUUCCUGGAAGACGGACGCCCUCACCUGCUCCCUCCUCACGCCCCUCCUGGUGACGUCAGAACCCACAGAAGGCCACAUACGCGUCACAGAGACCCAUCCUGUGUUUGGGGCUCGGCCGUGGACGCAACAGAGCCAGGGGUGUGGCCGUCAGGGGGACUUCAUCCAGCUGAGUGGUGACCUUCUACGCACGGCGAGUAAUGAUUCUCACGCCCACGCCGCCCGCCUGCUACUGACGGAGUGGGCCAAGUUCCGCUGGGGUGUGUUUGACGAGCGAGGUCACACCAACGACCCCCUCUAUCCCACCAACUACCGUGACCCCAGCACCCAUCAGUGGUCAGGGACGGGAUGUGCUGACGGGACAGUGAAGGGCAGUACCUGUGACCCCGCCCAGCCUAGCUGUACCUUCACUCCGGACAUCUACACCAACACCCACCUCGUCACCUCCCUCCUCGCCUUCCCCGAUCUCCCCAACGUUCGACUGUUCUGUAACGAUACGACUCACAACAGAGAAGCGCCGACCAAACACAACUCGCUGUGUGGCGGCCGCUCAGCCUGGCAGAUUAUACAGCAAACACCGGACUUUGUAGGAGGGCGUAACAGGGCCAGUAAUGGGAGUCGAGGUCUGGAGCCCAUGUUCAGGUUCAUCCAGCAGGCCAGUCCUCGCUACGUCUUCGUCAUCGAGGACACCGCCACCAUGAACCUCCAGCGUCGCUGGGAGUUCUUGAGAAAGGCGAUGCGUCGAGUGGUGGUGUAUGAUGUGCCUGACGGAGCUCGUGUGGGUGUGGUCACCUUCCACUCUAUAGCGCGGACUGUGGCUCCCCUCACUUUUAUUGAGAGUGAAGACUCAGACAUGAGGCAACGUGUAGGCUCAUCCUUACCCCGCAAUCCUUCACCAACACCUGAGAGCCACAAAUGUAUCUUGUGUGGGGUCAAUGAGGCGCUGGGAGUGCUGGACUAUGACGACAAGACCGCUGAUGGUGCCACUCUCAUCUUGAUCACCACUGGCAGCGGCCCGACGCCACAACAUGAGGUGGACGAGCUGAUGCGUCUGGCGUCACAGCGGCACCUGAGGAUUGAGGUGGUGCUGUACCCGCUGACCGAGCGUCGUGGAGCUGCCACUGUCUCACACGGCCUCGAGGUUAUUACGGAGGCCACGCGAGGCUCCAUUUUCACCGUCAUGGAUGAAGGUGUUGGUAAUGACUCUAAGGUGAAGAUGAUGGUGGCGCUGAUGGACGCCCUCCUGGCGGCAGUGCAGCAAAGCGCACCUUCUUCAUCACCCGGAGCCCCUGUUCUGGUCCACAGCUCAGCCUACCCCGGCGGCAUUGCUUCCAUGUCUGCUGGUUCCUUCGCCCUGGACGACUCUCUGGGCCCCAACGCUCGCUUCUCCGUCUAUUAUUACGACCUAAACCAUGUAGGCAACGCCAUCCAGCUCACCGCCCCGUCCGGCCAGAUGAUCUCUUCCGUCAACGUACAGGAAGAAGAUGGUGAUGUCAACAUGAUCUUCGUCCGUCUGGAGAAGGCAGAGCGUGGGUUGUGGACGUACAGCGUAGAGAACCGCGCUGACUCCCACCAGGGCCUUUAUGUGCAGGUGACAGCCAAGCGUAACUCCUCCACGGGGCUGCAGGUGCGCCUGUGGACCAGCUCUGGCUCACGACCCAUCAACUCCUCCGACCCGUCGACACCUGUGGUGAUCUACACCGAGGUGAAGUCUGGCGUGGCGCCCAUCAUGGAGGCCCGGGUGGUGGCCAGACUCCAAAGGCUGGGCACCAACGCCACCGGCAGCAACUACCAGCCCAUCUUCCUCCAUCUGUGGGACAACGGCGUCGGUGAUCCGGACAUCACCAAGGGAGACGGGGUGUACUCGCGCUACCUGCCAUCACUGCCAGGCAGCCCAGGCCGCUAUCUGCUCAGCGCCGACAUCGACUACAACAGUGGGCUGGCGGCAGUAGCCAAGGGACCCCCAACACGCCACCACAAGAGCCUGUCUUCACACCUCCCUCACUACCACCAACACGGCUACGAAACUUGGAACGGUGAACAGACCUGUUGCGGCCACUCUCUGCCUCACGUCCACACUCGCCGUGCCCCACCUUUCCUGCGGCACGUAACCUGGGGUGUCCUGGAGGUAAUGUCCUCGCCCUCCCACCGUGACAAUGUCCCUCCCUCACGCAUCCUGGACCUCCGUGUAGAGGUCAACGACACAGUACACGAGAUCAGGCUCCGCUGGACGGCCCCGGGAGACGACUGGGACGUGGAACGAGCCCACCACUACGAGGCUGUGGUGGCCCCCUUCUGGAGGGAGGCCAGAGCCUUUCAGGGCGACCGUCUGACGGGUCUUCCUCAACCUCUGCCAGCCGGGACUCUCCACACUACCAACCUUCACUUCACCAGAUACGAGGAGCUGUGGUUUGUAACGAUACGGGCGGUGGACAAGGCGGGCAACAUGGGCGGCGUGGGCAACAUUGCCGCCCUCUGGGUACCUCGACCACCCACCACCUACGAGAUCACCACCAGAACACACCCAGCUCUCACCACCUCAGGUAACUACACGAUGCCAUCAGAACUUGGGUCAGGUCGGCCGGUGGGGAUAUCAGAGCUACAGUUAGAGGACAUAGCCGUCAUCCUGGGCAGCAUCGGUGGCUUCCUGGUGGUGGUGGCCGCCCUGGUGUCCUACUGCUACUGCCACACCACCAGGCGGCGGAAGCAGCAGCAGGAGAAGGACAUGAAGAAGGUGCAGGAGGGUAACGGUAGUGGUAACCUGAUGGUGAAACCCGGGGCACUGAGUGUGGAGGAGGGCGGGGGCAGCCAUGAGUCCCUGGACAGUGUGGUGAAGGAGGUACCGGUGGCGGUAGGAGACGGCCGCUCUCUCUCUCCCGUCCAGUCGUGGGACGCCACCACCCUCCUCAAGGAACACGAACGCCGACUGUCAGUGCACAACGAGGUGGAUGAAGACGGACCAGUGGCCUACAAAGUGAACGCCCCGCCUCCACAGGCGCCUUUCCCGGACGUCACGGUAACGAACAACCAUCAAGUGUCCAGCGGUGACGGCAGUAACAGCGGCGACGACCCUCCAGCUUACCCGCCCUGCACCCACGAGGACAACACCUGCCACUGUGCUGUCCCCAGACUGGAUUACAACAACUACACCUCCACCUGGGAGGAGCCUCUCACAGGUCACCUACUCUCCCGCGCCCACACCAACGCCUCCACGCCCACAUCCCACCAGCCACACCUCCCACAGGCAGACCGCAAGCGUCGCAACGUGACCCAGGUGUAAAAUAUACUCCACAGUAUUCCAUGCAUCAUGAAGAUAAACACUUACCCACACACUCUGGUGAUGACCUGGAGGACGACCUUCAGGAUCAAGUGUGGAGUUCUUCCAUAAUAAAACAUUAGUGCAGCUGUGUUUAGUGCGAAACUUUGUAAGCAGAAUCUGUCGCUACGGUGCUAAACUACACACAAACAAACAAACAAACAAUUUUACCAAUCUUUUUGCAUCUUCAAAAACAAUUAUGGUCAGGAUGGCAGUGAAAUUUUCUAAAAAAUAUAUAUAUAUACAGAUAUAAAAACAAAAAACAAAACUUUCAU